AUGUUCUCAAAAGUAGAAAUAAGUUUCAAUUUACAAUUCCAAGAUGACCAGAAUGAACAGCAAGCAGCAAAAUUGACAUCGUCUCGGACGAGUACUCCCAAAAAGGAGUUCUCCAUCUGUUUGCUGAACCAAACAGAUCGCAUUGGACUUAUUGGUAGAUGGCACUCAGAAGAAUGUCACAACCGCCCACAAAAGAAAUACUUAAAAUUAAUUUACGCUCUUAUGAACGGGGUCUCGGACGAGUACUCCCAAAAAGGAGUUCUCCAUCUGUUUGCUGAACCAAACAGAUCGCAUUGGACUUAUUGGUAG